AUGGCAGAGAAUGGCACAGUGGUAACAGAAUUCGUUCUGCUGGGGUUCCGGCUGUCGGCCGAGCUGCAGACGGGUCUCUUCCUUGUGUUUCUGCUCCUCUAUCUCGUCACCCUGGGAGGCAACCUGGGCGUGAUGGCGCUGAUUCAGAGUGACCCUCGCCUCCGGACGCCCAUGUACUUCUUCCUCAGCCACCUCUCCUUCCUGGACGUUUGCUACUCCUCCGUUAUUGUCCCGCAGCUGCUGGAGGCCUUGCGGACCGAAAAGAGGACCAUCGGCCUCGAGCGCUGCGCCACCCAGUUCUUCUUCACCCUCUGUGCCAGCACUGAGUGCUUCCUUCUGGCCGUGAUGGCCUAUGACCGCUACGUGGCCGUGUGUUACCCUCUGCUCUACGCCUCGGCCAUGACGCCCCGGACGCGCCUGGGGCUGGUGGCCGGGGCGUACGGUGGCGCCGCCGUCAAUUCCGUGGUCCGCACCGGGUGCGCCUUCUCCAUUUCCUUCUGCAAGUCGAACCACGUGGAUUUCUUCUUCUGUGACCUCCCACCUCUGCUGAAGCUUGCCUGUGGUGAGACCAGGCCACGAGAACGGGUGAUCUACCUUUUAGCUUUCUUGGUCAUUGCGACCAGCGUGUCAGUGAUUCUCAUAUCCUACCUGUUCAUCAUUCGGGCCAUUCUGAGGAUCCGUUCAGCGGGUGGCAAAGCCAAGACCUUCUCCACCUGCGCUUCUCACAUAACUGCAGUGGCGCUUUUUUUUGGGACGCUCAUAUUCAUAUACCUGAAAGGUAACAUGGGAAAGUCUCUCGGGGAGGACAAGGUUGUGUCAGUAUUUUACACUGUGGUCAUCCCGAUGCUGAACCCAGUGAUCUACAGCCUGAGGAACAAGGAAGUGAAGGAGGCUCUGAAGAGAGCUCUCAGCAGGAUGAAGGUUUCCCCAGUAGAGUAA